GCAGCAGCAGCAGUCAGUUAGUCAGUCACACACACGAGCUGAAGUUGUCUCGACAGUCUUACAGUCGCUUGGUGUAUUUACAUCCACCGUUGCGAGAGAAAAAAAUAUAGAGAGAAUGGGCACGAAUUGCUCUUCUCGAAUCACAGCCGGUUGGAGAUAAGAGGUAGAAAACGCGAAUAAAACAGACGAGGAGCGCGAGAAGGCCGAACCUCACGCGACAGGCGCGCGGCGCUGAAGUGGAAUCCGGACUGAAUACACCGCCAUAGCUAACCGUACAUGAGGAUUAGUAAUUUCUUCAUUUCUCACUCCUCAGAAACUACAAAGACGUCCGGUAGCGACAGACCUUCACCUUCCGUGGAAAGGUCGUUGACUACCAGGACUCAACACACCAUGAUGCUCAGCAUCUGUGCCAGGACCACACCCACUUCUUGUGUGUAGAGGAAGUUGCAUUGUCAGCAUGUCCACACAUCCUCAGCCAGUGCCUCAGGGUCGGAGGGCUGUGGACCCCCGUCACCUUUCCAGUCCUGCCACCCUUUCUCUGCAGCUGAGAACCCACACGGAUGUUGGUGGACUAGUGGACUACCACUCUCAGAUCGGGACUCGGGACUACAGUUCCCAUCUGUCUCAUGGACACCUGACCCAUCCUCACCGCCGCAGACCAUCCCUUCUCUCUGAAUUUCAGCCAGGCAACGAAAGAGGUCAAGAUCCUCAUAUCCGUUAUGAACACAUUUUCCUGCAAGGCCCCAACAGCCAAUCAGAGAUGGAGUACUCUGAGAUGAAGCGCCCUCGCUUGGAAAUCGGGGCGGAGUCUCUUCUUCGUCAUUCUACACACCGUCAGCCUCUCACUGUGGGCGGAGCUGAGGAAAUGGUAAAGGAUCACGGUGGCAGCAGCAGUUCCAUUGGGAAGAUUGAGCCCAUCUCUCCCGUGAGUCCAGUGCCAAUGGACACCGAUCUGGACCUGGUUCCCACUCGCUUCUCAAAAGAGGAGCUGAUCCAGAACAUGGACCGUGUUGACCGGGAGAUCACCAUGGUGGAACAGCAGAUCUGCAAACUGCGUAAAAAACAGCAACAGCUGGAGGAAGAGGCUGCGAAACCCCAGGAGCCAGAGCGCACCAUCUCCCCUCCACCCAGUGAAGCUAAACACCGCAGCCUUGUCCAGAUCAUCUAUGAUGAAAACAGGAAAAAAGCAGAGGAAGCGCACCGGAUCCUGGAGGGACUGGGACCCAGAGUAGAGCUGCCUUUGUACAACCAGCCGUCUGAUACCAAACAGUACCAUGAGAACAUCAAGAUAAAUCAGGCAAUGAGGAAGAAGCUCAUUCUUUAUUUCAAAAGAAGAAACCAUGCUCGGAAACAGUGGGAACAGAAAUUCUGCCAGCGCUAUGACCAGCUAAUGGAGGCCUGGGAGAAGAAAGUCGAGCGCAUUGAGAAUAACCCACGCCGCAGAGCCAAAGAGAGCAAAGUGCGAGAGUACUACGAAAAGCAGUUUCCUGAGAUCCGUAAACAGAGAGAGAUGCAAGAGCGCAUGCAGAAUAGAGUAGCUCAGCGAGGAGGAGGUCUGGCCUCAGCAGCCCGUAGUGAGCAUGAGGUUUCUGAGAUCAUCGAUGGUAUCUCGGAGCAAGAGAACUCCGAGAAGCAGAUGCGUCAGUUAGCCGUGAUUCCUCCCAUGCUGUUUGAUGCUGAGCAGCAGAGGAUAAAGUUCAUCAACAUGAACGGGCUUAUGGACGAUCCCAUGAAGGUCUACAAAGAAAGACAGGUCAUGAACAUGUGGAGCGAACAGGAGAAAGACACUUUCCGUGAGAAGUUUAUCCAGCACCCAAAAAACUUUGGCCUGAUAGCCUCCUUUCUGGAGAGAAAGACGGUGGCUGAGUGUGUCCUGUUUUACUACCUGACAAAGAAGAAUGAGAACUACAAGAACAUUGUCAGAAGAAACUACCGCCGCAGAGGCAGGAGUCAGAAUAACCAACAGGCACAGCAACAGGUGAACCGCAAUAACCAGGAGGAGAAAGAGGACAAGGAAAAAGAGAAAGAGAAAGAGGCAGACCGUGAGGAGGAAAAAACAGAGGGAGACGACAAGGAGGACGGCAUGAAAGAUGACACCUCUGGUGAGGAUGGGGAGGAAAAAGAGCCUACUCUAGCCGUUAAAGGACGACGCACCGCCAACAGCCGCGGACACCGGAAAGGAAGAGUCACUCGCUCUAUGACCAACGAGCAGGAAGAGAACACUUCACCUCUCAGCAGUGAGCUUGCAAACCUGGAGAUGAAUGAAAGCUCUCGCUGGACUGAGGAAGAGAUGGAAACUGCAAAGAAAGGUCUGCUGCAGUAUGGCCGAAACUGGUCCUCGAUCGCCAAAAUGGUGGGCUCCAAAACCGUCUCUCAGUGCAAGAACUUCUACUUCAACUACAAGAAGAGACAGAAGCUGGAUGAGAUCCUGCAACAGCAUAAAAUAAAAUCGGAGAAAGAGCGUAAAGCCAGGCGUAAAGGUAAAGCUCUUCAGAACGAGGAGGCCAGCGCUCCCUCUGCCGCAGAGGAGGAGGAGAUGGAGGGAUCAGGAGUCAGCGGCAAUGAAGAGGAGAUGCAGGACGAUGGAGAGGGUGGAGCCAAUAACAGCUCUGACACAGAGAGCCUCCCUUCCCCACGCUCUUCAGAUGACAGCAAGGUCAAAGAGGAGGGCUCGGCAUGGCCCAAAGCUGCAACCAGUGCCACUUCCUCCUCAUCCUCCACCACAGACAAGGACACUGCAGCUGCUGAUACGGGGCCAGAGGAGAAGCCAGCAGUGGAAGGAGGAGAGGGGGAGCAGGGAGGAGUGAAGCAGGAGGUGAAGACAGAAGCAGGGGAGGAUAACAAGGAGGCAGCAGGAGAGGAUAAGAAGCCUCCUGCCCUGGAGCCGGAGGAGGGCAAGAAAGAGGCCAAGAAAAAAGAGCAUGCAGGAAAGAGUGGAACUCAUGACAGUGACUCCAGUGCCACAUGCAGUGCUGACGAGGUGGAGGAGACGGAGAGCUCGGAGAAGAACAGGCCAAGUCUGUUGAAUUUUGCCCAUGAUGGAGUGAUCUCUUCCCCAGUUCAGAAACCCCUGGAUCUCAAAAACCUCAAAAAGAGAGCAGCCUCCAUACCUUCCAUAGUGCCAGAAGUUUCAGUAGCAUGUGGCAGUAAUCGGGGUGUGCUGCUCGGGAAGCAGCAGGCCAUGUCCCAUGCUCUUGCGUUGUACCAGCAGCAGAUUACAAUGGCACAUGAAUCCUCGCAGGAAGCCAAACAGCAGCAGCCACAGCCAAGCAAAUCUCAGCAUUAUCCAGGGGGCAGGGAUUCCAGCAGCCCGCGGGUCAGGACUCGCAGUCCCGGUGUGUCUGACAGAGAAAGAGAGGAGCUGGAGGGGAACGAGAGAUGGCUUCAGGCUCUGCUUCAUGGAUUACAUAAAUCUCGGGCUUACUCUCCUCUUCCGGACGGUAAAAAUAUUCCUGGGGCCGAUGACGUUCGGGCUGUAGGUCUCGGGCGGACAGUAAUGUCACCAUACCAGCUCUCGCCCAGAGAAAUGUCCAAAAUCAGCCAAGAACAUUUGCUACACUUCAACCCCUCAUUGGCUCCCACUCUGCAGUCACAGGAGAGAAUGGCUGCAGUGCGGCCUCUCCAGAUCCCAGAACCCCCUCCUUUAAUCUCCUCCGCCAAACCUGGUGGCUCCAUCACACAGGGUACUCCGGUACAAUUGCACAAUCCAUCUCAUGGCUCUGAACACGGGAAAAUCUCAGCGCCGGGAUCACUGGCUCUGUCCUGGAUGGACCAGAGGAAAAUGGGAGGGUUUCCGGUGAUUAAACAAGAGCAGUUGUCUCCUCGCGGGGCCUCUUCCUCUCAGGCUGAAAAUCUGUCCACACAGGACAGCGCUACGUCACGGGGGGCCAUGCCAGCUGUUCAGGUUGGCAGCAUCACAAAGGGCAUCCCUGGCACACGUGUGCACCAAGAACCUCCCAUAUCAUAUCGAGGAGGUUCCAUCACUCAGGGCACUCCUGCAGAUGUUUUAUAUAAGGGAACAAUUACUCGUCUAAUCACUGAGGACAACCCCAGCAGAGAGAGGGGCAGAGAAGACACCUCUUCUAAAGGGCAUGUAGUCUAUGAGGGCCUCAGUGGACACAUCCUUUCCUUUGACCGAGGUCAGAAUUCUAAGGAAGAGAGUCGUGGGGACAUGGUUGGGAUGAAGAGGUCCUACGAUAUGAUGGAAGGGGUUAUGUCUCGUGUUCCUUCCAUUAGAGACUCAAUAUCUGCUGAAGGCUUGAUGAGUCGAGCAAUGCCUAAUGAACGGGAUAGUCCUCAUUCACACAACAUGCGCGGAUCCAUAUCGCAAGGUAUCCCACGGGACGAUUAUUUGCGUAGGGAGGGCAAACAGAUGAAAAGAGAAGGUUCCCCGUCACCCCGUGGGUCUGGCGUGUCCAUGGACCCUCUUAAAUCACGAUCUCAUGAGGGUAUGGUGCCCACCGUCAAAGAGGGUGGACGCUCCAUCCACCUGAUUCCUCCUGAGGGAGUUUUGAUAGGCAAGCCUAAAGAGGGCUCCAUCACUCAGGGCACACCUCUGAAACAGGAGCCUACAGGCUCAUCCAAGCGCCAUGAUGUGCGCUCCAUCAUCGCCAGCUCCCCUCGGCCUUACCCUGGACAGCCCCCUCAUCUAGAGCUCAGGCCUGAGCACAGAGGGUCUGAUAGGGUCCGCUACGAGGAGGGGGGGAGCAAAUCCCGACCCAGUGCUGUGGUCAGCACCCCCAGUUCUCUGUCUCGUGUCUCUCCGCUUGCGCUGGGUGGAGAGCAGAGCAGCAGAGCCCACCACAGUCCAGUGGGCUACGAGGACCACAAAAGAUCUGGAUACCCUCCACCCUCACACAGAGCCUCUCCGCUGUCAGGCAGAGAAAGCUCACAGCGUCCACAUGAAGGCUCUAGUAAGGCCCAGCAUCAAGAGAGAAAAUCCACUCCCACCCCUCGAGAGGUUAGCUCUACCAAGUCUCCGCUGACCGUGGGUGAGCACACAGCCUCUUUGGCGUACGAGAGGAUCCUGCAGGGGCUAGGAACAGAAAUGUACCGCGGACAGAUUCCGCUUCCAUUUGACCCUGCAUCUCUGUCCAGGGGCAUCCCUAUAGAGCCAGCAGCAUAUUACCUGCCCCGCCACCUGGCCCCUGCCCCUGGCUACCCUCACCCCUACCCUCACUACCUGAUCAGAGGUUUCGCUGAAACAGCUGCCAUGGACAACAGACGCACGCUCAUGACAGACUACAUCACCUCCCAGCAGAUGCACCAGUGGCCUGCUGCCGCUGCCAUGGCUGCCCAGAGACCUGACCUGCUCAGAAGCCUUACACCUCAAGAGCAGUCUAUUAACUUAACCUACUCACCCACACCCAGAGGAACGUCUGCAUCUCCCAUGGAUCGCAUUGCAUACAUCCAAGGAACCUCUACUGCCUUCCCCUGUGGACCCUAUAACACCUCCCCCAUCUCACCAGUGGGAGCAUCUCACAUGAGCAAGAUACAAGGCAAUUCAGCAUCCUCGGAGAGAGAAAGGGAACGGGAGAGAGAAAGAGAGAGGGAUCGCGAGAGAGACAGAGAGCGAGAAAGAGAGCGAGAGAGGGACAGGGAGCGAGACCGAGAGCGAGAUAAAGAUCGGGACCGGGACAGAGAAAGGGACAAGUCCCUUAGUCAUGGUAAUGUGGAGCACGCCCCUAUAUGGAGACCUGGAGCACCAGAACAGACAAGCAGCAGUAGCAGCUCUCGUCCCCCGUCCCAUCCAUACAGUCACCAAUCAUCCUCGCUUUCCCCCCGGCCCCAGGACAACCUUCAGCAGAGACCCAGCGUCCUCCACAACACCAGUUCAAAGAGCAUGCCCAGCUCUGAGCACAACAACCCCUCUGUGCUGCGGCCACCAGGCUCCUCACGCUACCAGGGCUUCAGUGGGCACCUCCAGAGGUCUGGUCUACUCGCCGAAGGUUACCCAGCUGGUACAGACCCAAACUCGAAAGACUCAAGCAGAGAUGGGGGCAAAAGCCAUGGGCGUGGCAGUCUCUCCAAACAUCAGGACAUCUCUUCCAAGUCUGACCCCAGGCUGGCCAGCCCCGGUGCAGGUGGGGCAUACCCCUCUCUAUACAACCAGGCUCCUGGUGGCCACCUUGGGCUGCCCCCAAGUCGAGGGCACCUCUUGUUAACCCCUGAAAGCAGCAGCGGCAGUUCCAUCCCUUCCCGCGGCGGGGAGAUCAUCAGCAGCGCGUCAAGUAGGGAAAAGACUCAAAACAAAGUGAUGUCCUUACAGGAACACGAGCUUCGAGCACUCGGUAAGACCACCAUGACAGCGGCCAACUUCAUAAACGCGAUAAUCAUGCAUCAAAUUUCUUGUGAUGCAGCGAUGCCAGAGACUGGUGCGCUCGCGACCAACGGCAUCUGUGAUGCUCAACAGAAGGCACUUGAACAUCAUCUGUAUGGGUCCGAGGGCAGACUUUCUCCAGGUCAGCAGCCACAGUCCCCUGCAGUGAAAGGCUCUCAAAGAGUGGUCACACUCGCCCAGCACAUUAGCGAGGUGAUCACUAAAGACUACACACGACAGUCACAGCAAGGGCAAAUUGGAGGUCAGCCAGCACUGCAGCCUGUCUUUGGGUACCACAACUCUCCUGUACUGGAUCUCACACGCCCACCCAGCACACCCCAGGCUCAGAACCCCACAGAACCCAGUCCUAACGCACGCUACACCCCAGAGGGCUCUGCUGCUGAGAGGGAGAGAGUUAGAGACAGGUCUCCUCAGAGUAAGUUAUCUCCAGUGAGUCUGGUGGCAGAUGGUAUUGAACCAGUUUCACCACCAGGGGCCAUUUCAGAGCCUGAGACGCCAGGAGCCGCCUACCCCAAUGAACAAGCCGAGCAAGGUAUGGGAUCUCGUUCUCCAGCCAGUAGCUCUCAGCCACCAGCCUUCUUCAGUAAACUAACCGAGAGCAACUCAGCUAUUGUCAAGAGCAAGAAGGAAAUGAUUAAGAAAAUGGUGGUUGGCACUGAGGCUGAAUUCAACCAGGGCCAACCGGGGACAGAGAUUUUCAACAUGCCUGCCUCUACGAAUGCAGGACCUGUGAGUGUUCGCAGUCACCCGGCCCCAGAGGCCAGCGGUAAUACUAUAGGUCUGGAGGCCAUCAUCAGGAAAGCCUUGAUGGGCAAGUAUGAUGACCAGAUGGACGAUCGCUCGCCUUCCAACUCCGUUAACUCAAUGAGUGUGCCAGCUCCUGCAGUGCCAUCAGCUUCAGCUGAUGGGCGUUCUGAAGACCCCUAUUCCUUACCAGGUAAAUCUAAAGGAAGCGGGCGCUCUAAUGGCCGCAAGACUAAGUCUCCUGGUCUGUGUGGAGGAGAAAGACCUUCUUCUGUGUCCUCCGUCCACUCUGAGGGAGACAGCAACCGUCACACCCCACUCACCAACAGAGUGUGGGAGGACAGACCCUCAUCAACAGGCCCCACUCCAUUCCCCUGUAAUCCUCUUACCAUGCAGAUGCGCCUCCCCAGUGGGAUGAUGUCGGGACCCUCUCCAUCCCCAACGCAAACAGGAGCAUCAGCGCCCCCACAGGGCCAGACUCAACCCCGCACCUGGGAGGAAGAACCCAAACCUCUGCUCUGCUCUCAAUAUGAGACUCUGUCUGACAGCGAGUGAACACACAAUCUCACACACACCUUAUAUGUACACUAGGAUGACUGAACGUUUGCUGCUUUAUGAACAGAAACUCGUUAAUGUAAACAGGGAUGCUUGUGAACACACACGUACUCAUGUCCAUACUGAUACACACACUUAAAAGAACAUACAUCUAUCUAUGCGCAGUCUGGCCGUUUUUACAGCAGAAAAUGAUCAGACACAUGCACUGUGUGAUCUGAUAUCUCAACACACACGUCAUACAUGCAUAUACAGACAAAAACAUCACACUCCUGUAAUCCACCCCUAGCACACACAUGCACUUAGCCAAAGUGCAUUACUUGGCUCCAGACAUGUGUGUUGAUGUGUUGUUGUGUGUAUGUUUGUGAAUGUGCACACAUGUAUUACUGUGUGCCGUCACUCCAGGACUACUUGUAGGAAAAAUCACUUUUAGUCUUUUUUUUUAUUUUUUUUUAUACAUAUAUACUUAAAUUCGUCUUGUCUUGCUGGCCGUGUCAAAGUUGACUCAUGGACUCAUCGGUUGUGUUGAUGCAUCUUUGGAGCAUUCCUCAUCAGACUGCUCAGGACACACACUCCUUUACUGUAGGACAACUGCAACGUGUGUGUGUGUGUGUGUGUGUGUGUGUGUAGCUUAAUGCAAAGGCUGGAUGAAUCCUCUGCAGAAAUAUAAGAACCACACGCAUAUGUACACCCUCUUAGUUCUCAUGUGCACAAGGUUAUAUGAAGCUACAGCCCUAGUUUUCUGACCUUAAAGGGAUAGUUGACUCAAAAAUGAAAAUUCUGUCAUUUACUCACUCUCAUGUUGUUCCAAACCCGUAUUUGGGCUUUAUUUCCUUCAUGGAACAUAAAAGGUGAUAUUAGGCUGAAUGACCGCCUCAGUCACCAUUUACUUUCAUUGCAUCUUUUUUCCAUACAGUGAAAGUGAAUGGUGACUGAGGAUAACAUAUGGGUUUGGAACAACAUGAGAGUGAGUAAUUGAUGGCGAACUAAUCCUUUAUAUCCAUUUAAGAUGACAAAGAUUCUGUGUGCAUGUGAAGAAAUGAGACCAUUUUUAGAAAUGGUUUUGAUGUGGCAGGUUAGCCUGGAUCUGUGCAAAACAGUGCAGUUGAGGUUUUUAAGCAGUGGUUUAGAUUCAUUUUAUCUUGUAACCUUCUGUCCUUAUAUUGCUGUUGCAGAGAGUUUACACGAAAAGCCAUAUCAUUGGUUCACAGGGUACACAUACUGUUUAUUUUCAUUAUAACUUUAAUUUUUUUAAUUCUGUUUUUCCUGUUUGAAGAGCCUGUUGAGACUCAAAACUCUAGCUGACCAAUAAUUCAGUUUCUUUUGUUAUCUCUGUGUGAUAAUUGAUGGGAGACAAUUAUUUUGUUGUUGUUGAGCUCAUCACUAUUUUGGGUUGUUUUUAUAUUUACAUGAACCAUGUUUGCAUACAUUAUUUUGAUAUUUUUGUCGUCAUGUUUUAUGUAACGAGUUAAGCACUUAGUCAGUUAACGAUUCCUGUUGGUGUCUUUUAAAGGACACCGACUUGAAUGCAUUUAUUUUCAUUUUCUUAUACAGUAUUUUGUUGAUUUGUUUGUGUUUGGUCACCUACCUUGCAAAGUGUUCCACUCUCUUGCGACAAUCACAAGCAGAGUGUUGAGCGAGUGGAUGCGUCUUUGGAGGGAAGCUGCUUUAUCAGGUUUUGUCCUCCCAACCCUCUCUGAAUGUCCCAACAAACCUGAAGUUUCUUACACAUCUGUGGUUACAGAGAAAAAGCCAUGCUGUCUGGCCAGUCCUUUGACAUAACAUACACUGAGAGCUGCUUUACUUUUGCUCCAUGUGGUUGAAAAAAGGGUUUGGGUGCAUGAUCGUCAUAGGUUUGUUGUCCAAUGCGCUCAUUUGAGGAGAUAUAUAUUUUAUGUAAUAGAAUAAAGAGGUGACAACAUGCCACGCCUCAUAUAAUCUGCAAUCCCUCACUUUGUACAGUUUUAAAAGUAAUUCUAGUGUUAAGUGCCAUGUAUCUGACAUACUUCUGAAGUUAAAACUACCAAGUGACUACGCACAACUUCUCUUUUUUUUUUUCUUUUAUAUUGUUUGUCAUUUAUUUUCUCCAUGUUAUGCCAGGGUUGUACAAUUUGUCACACAGGCACACUGUAAAGAAGUGAAGGAGAUAUUUGCAAUGAAAGGUAACUGUUGAAAGUUGUCUCCUCUCAAACACCCCUGUGGUGGGAUUACUAAUUGUUUUGCAUGCAUAUUAAUUCAUAUUGUUUGACUUAUUUGCCACUUGAUUUUACUAUCUUUAACAGUUCAUUCUGCAGUUCCCAUUGUAUUCUUCAGAACUUAACUCGGGGGAUAUUUUUGGAAGCAAAUUAAAAGAUGAAAUUUCAACGGUGGGUUUUAUCAAGUGGAUUUUUGGGUAUUUCUUUUUCUUUUUUUCUUCGAUUUAGUGGUUGUGGACUGUUUUAGUGCACCUACCUAGUGUGGUUUUGUCAAAUGGGGCUUUUUCUUCAGUCACUUCCAUCCCAAAUACACACUCAUCACUCUCAACAGUACAUGUUAAAACCAAAACAUUUGUGGUAACAUCUCAGAAUGCACUGAUUUUGAGAUUCGUUCUCAAACAUGUCACUCCAGACAGUAUUGUAUUUAGUGGAAAAGUCACUCUAAAAUCCAGUGUUUUCUUGUAUAGCAAGCCCCCUUUUCCAAUAUAUUGACUGUUUGAUUAUUUCUGUCAGUUGAUCUUUAACUGAGGACAGUAUAGCACUUUCCUUAGAUGAGGUCAUUUUCUGACGUAAAAGAAAAGAGGAGGAUAGAGACUGUAAAACAACGGUAAUAGUAGCACCUCUUAAGAAUGGCAAGGUUAAGUGGGUAUUUGGGUGGCGUCAGUUUUGUACAACCAUUUUGUGCAUAUUCCUUUUUUUAUUAUUAAGACCCACUGUAUUAUAGCAAGGAGUGUAAAUAGACCUAAAAGGAUGUACAUAUUUAUGUGAUUUGCUGCAAGAGUGAUAUUCACACUGUUGUAUUUCAACAUGGCCACCAGCAAGCUUUGUGGAUAGCAGUGUAAAAAUGAAACAAACAGAAAAAAACAGACACUGCCUUAAUGUUUAAAUAAAAAGCUUAUUGCCAUUGAUUUGUUUGCUGUUGCACUGUUAUUAAUUUGCAAUUGUUCAGUAGUUUAUAGUUCACAAUGUAAAGCGCUUUGAGUUUAGUGUCAGAAAAGAACUAUAUACAUGUAACAUUCAUUCAUAGUAUUGAUUUAUUUGUCAUUUAAAUCGGUGUUUUUCAAUCUGCGUUUUUGCUAUUCACAAAAAAUAAACAGAACAUAAAAUAUCA